UCUUGUCUCUUUUUCUUCAGACAUGCUACGAGAUGGAGAGGUACCUGAAGGACGAACCGAAACUGCAAUCGUAUAAAAAACUCCCUACGGAACUGGACACGGCGCCCUGGAACCUCUUCAGGGCGCCAUCGAUCUCGUGGACGACGUCCACCGGAACGAGCGCACAAUUCGACCCACCAAUCAAAAUGGAGGUGACGACGUCAGACGAGAGGGAUCCUCUCUGUUUGGACGACAUCAAAUUCAGUCCCGGCGAUCAUAACGAUAAUGGCCGUGAUAGGGAUCUCCUCGACCGUCACCUCGAUUCCUUGUCGAUGUCUUCGGCAAGUUCGGCGUGUUCAGCGCUGUCUUGGGACAGCUCACCUUCCCUUUCCUGCACGGCGCUCAUUCUCAAAAAAGAGCCCAGCGAAGACCUCGAGGAGGAUGAAGAACACGAGGAGAUCGAGGAGGAGGAAGACAGCGGGUGCGAAAGCGAAGGUCAGAUCCUGACGCCGCCGUCGAGUCCUGGGUCGGGUCAAGGUCAUUCCAACUCCAGCCACUCGUCGAGUGGGAGUUCGAUGCCCGACGUGCACAACCUCAACCUUCAUGGCACGGGUGGCAGGAGCGCUAUCGUCAGGGUUACUGCCGGCAACGCGCAAAGUGUCGCAAGACUGAUCUCCGUCACGGCGAACGGCUUCCCCGCGGUCGCCAGCACGCAACACACACACGCGGGUACAACCACCGCGGCCACGACCACCGUGGCCAACAGACACCACGCAAGGAGCAACGAGCACAGUCCGCCCGACACGAAGCGCAGGAUACACAAAUGCCAGUUCCCCGGAUGCAAGAAAGUAUACACCAAGAGCUCGCAUCUCAAGGCUCAUCAAAGGACGCACACGGGAGAGAAGCCGUACAAGUGCAGCUGGGUGGGCUGCGAGUGGCGAUUUGCGCGUUCGGACGAAUUGACGCGCCAUUACCGCAAGCACACCGGCGCGAAACCGUUCAAAUGUCGGCACUGCGACCGAUGCUUCUCCCGCAGCGACCAUCUAGCUCUUCACAUGAAGAGACACGUGUAAUCAAUCGUUUCCGCGAACGGUUCCAACCGCGCGUCACCCGCAGUCGGGACUAUCGGGACUUGUUCCUCGUGAAAACCGCGAAAAUCUUUGACAUCUACGCGAGGAUCUAUGCAAUCUAGCAUCUUCCGAGAUCACCUAAUAGCACUCUACAAAUAGAGAGAGAGAGAGAGAGAUCGACUCUCUAAACUUCUUGACGAACGAACAUCGAGGAAAUUUGCGAAAUUAAAUUUGCAUUAGGUGAUCGCAAGACUCGUCAGACUCUAUCAUUGACGGAAAUCGAGCCUCGAAGAUUAUUGUUGAGCAAAUCGAUGAUCCGCGAGACGCCGUUUAAGAGGUAAUUGAAGAUCGAGUUCGUGUCUAACAACGAUCCGUCAAAACGAUUCGGAGGAAAACUCGAUCCAACAAUCGGACGGGAUGUUUGAAAACGUCACUUUAUCAAAGUCCAAAGAAUCGCGUGUAUAACGACGUGCGUUUUCAAAGUGUGCUAACGUGUAAGAACGGGAGGUAAAAAAGAAAAGAAAAACGAGCAAUCAAUGAUGUUCGUCUUUAAGGGCCAAAGGAAUGACACGAAGCUUCGGCCUCUCUAAUUUUCGUGAAUUCGAGGAGACCGAAGCAUCGCGGCGGUCAGCUCAUGAUUCAACAAAGAGACUGCAGACUCGAUGUAAUGUAUAUAAAGGGAGACUUACCUUUGACGAAGGGAGCAGCUGAACAAAGAGUUGCCCGGGAAGUCUCGCACGAGAGACGUCAAUCACUGCCAAUUCGUUACAUUCUAAGAUCAGCGCUACCGUCGAGGGUUUUUCAAGCUGCGACUUCGUCCUGUAUAAUCGGAAGUCUUAUAAAAAAAAAAUGCAAAACAGAGAAGAGCUGACCGAAGAAAGCCUAAAACAAAAAUAUUUCGCCGAGCCUCAAAUCGUUGCCACAACGCGCAGCAGCGGACGGAUACUCAAUUCGAAUGCAUGAAAAAUUGUAAUGUUAAAUAAAAGAUACGCUCCUACACACCACAAACCGUUUGCCUUUUCCAAAACGAUUGAGUCGACGAUCGUCGUGCUUAUUAUAUCGCGUAUAGAGAUGAGAUAAUGUAUCGUCGGAUAUCGCGAGCGUCAUGUGUCGCGCGUGUACACUGUAAAAACUGUAGAUGAAAAAAAAAAAACAGAUACGUAGAUUUCGCGAGGACAAUAAUGCAGAGACUGUCGGUGCCAAAUGUUAUUUCCUUUCUCUUGCUUUACCUUCAGAAGCACCCCGCGUAGGCAACUCGCGGUUAAAAGCGCGCGCGCGCGCGACACUCGCGGGACCCUCGACGAUCUCUCGGUAUUAACGGAAUCGCACGCAGCGGAGAGUCAAAGCGGACGCGACGCGUGGUAAUUGAAUACGUGAUUUCGACCAGUUUCGACGGCAAUGGGAUUUGCCGCGCCAGGUGCUAAUCCUGAAUUUACAGUGCGAAUUACAACGUGGCUCGCCGCCGACUCUGUCGCGCUGCCAUACAGUUUCGCUUGCAACGAAGCUUACGAAGCUUGCGAGAUCCGAUUGUUUCGCUUAGGGCUACUUAUAGCUGAUUUUUAUUAAAUAUCGAAUUCUACUUUCAGGUAAUUAUAAUUAUUUUUUCAGGUCAAUCAUUCUUGACGCUACGAUCUUUAUAUUCUUGAGAAAUUUUUUUUCUUCGAACUUUGCAUGAUUUUUUAGAAAAUUUUUUUUUGUAAACUUUGUGGAUUUUCACAUAUAUUAUAAUGAAUAGAGUCUUGAAUCACGCGUUUGAAUUUAAUAUUUAAAUAGUUUGAUAUUAACUUUUAUUUGUCGUACUGCAAAAUAUUUUAUUGCCUUUCAUUAUUAUCUUUAGAGGGGCAGAAAAAUUUAUUAAAAAUAAAAUCUUGAAUUGUGAGAUAUUUUUGAAAAUAUUAAUAUUUUAAAAUACAAUAUCAAAGUCAUUCUGAAACUGAUAAUCGCAAAAUUUACAUAUAUCUAAAAUAGAUUAUUUUUAGAUUUAAGAAAUAUAAAAUUUUAAUGUGGAUAUAUCUCAGAAUCUAGAAGAGUCCGCAAUGUGAUUCAAAGUGCAUCUGAUUCAAGAUUCUAUAUCCACUAUAAAAAUUUAAAUGAUUCGUGUAAAUCUUUUCGCAACUGUACCGUGAUCUCUUUUUUAUAACAUUAUGUGGUAUAUGCUCGAGCGAGGGAAUCAUUUGUCGAAACAAUCACAUCAUGAAAAAGUCAGUAGAAAAUACAAAUAUAUAUAUUUUUUAAUAUUCUCGUCAUACACUAAUUGAAACAAUGUAGAUAAGGAAUUAUAUACGAACAGUAUUCAUAUAAGAUUUUCGUGCAUCUUUCACGCAACAUUUCACGAAUGAUUCUCUGUCUCGUGUAUUAUAAUUGACGGCAGAUAGUCGACUUUAUCAUUUUGUAUCCGCGAGCGCGUUGUUUCUACAACAUCAUGUGAUCAUCAGCAGGAGAUUGCUCGUCUCGCUCAUCAUCGAUCCAAAAGGUCCCGAUAUUACGAUAUUUACGAUAUAUCGCGCGCAGCAAUCGAAUAUUUCGGCGACGAUGCCGAAAAGAAAAAAAAAUAACACGAACGAAGAUCAUUGUGACGUGCACUCAUCAAAAAAAAAAAAAAAAAAAAAA